AUACAGAAACCAAAACUAUAUUGUCACAUUCCAGAAAAGCAAGCACAAAGGCAAAGAAAGAACUUGGCUAGCUAAGGAUCAAGCAAAUACAAUGGCUCAAGCAAUGGCAUCAAUGGCAGGUAGCCUUCAACUCAGUGGCUCCACACGUUUGCAUGCCAAAAGGGUGUCUUCAGUCACACGUGCGGGAUUCACAGUUAGAGCACAACAUCAGCAAGAACAAGUGAGUGGUGAUGCUCAGAGCAGCCGUAGGACAGUGCUUUCUCUUGUUGCUGCUGGUUUGGCCACUGGCUCCUUUGUUCAAGCUGUUCUUGCUGAUGCCAAAUCCAUCAAAGUUGGACCACCUCCUCCACCUUCUGGUGGAUUGCCUGGAACCUUGAACUCAGAUGAAGCAAGAGACCUUGAUCUGCCACUGAAAGAUAGGUUCUUCCUUCAACCACUGUCUCCUAGCGAGGCUGCACAAAGGGCAAAGGAAUCAGCCAAAGAAAUUGUUGCUGUUAAGUCUUUAAUAGAAAAGAAGGCUUGGCCAUAUGUUCAGAAUGAUCUGCGUCUCAGGGCUGAGUAUCUGCGGUUUGAUCUCAACACUGUCAUUGCUGCAAAGUCUAAGGAUGAGAAGAAAUCACUCAAGGAACUCACGGGCAAGCUCUACGAGAAUAUCAGCAAUCUGGAUCAUGCAGCAAAAAUUAAGAGCAGCCCAGAAGCAGAGAAGUACUAUGCUGCUACUGUUUCUACUCUGAAUGAUGUUCUUGCGAAGCUUGGUUAAUGUGAUUAGUUUCUUGCUUUUUCUUGUGUAAGCUUUUGUCCAUGAUUUUCUCAGACACUUUGUUGACUGCUAUUUUAAGAAAAUCAAAUGAUGAGAGAAAAUUUUCUAUAAAUAA